AUGGCACACGUCUACAACCUCAACCAGGUCGCCAUCUCGGUCCCUGACCUCGACAAGGCAAUAGAUUUCUACACCGAGCUCUUUGGACUCCAUGUCAUUGGCAAGAUGGACGAAGAGCAGAUGAAACAUCUGGCCCCUGGCCACUCGAUAAAUCAAAUGUACGGCCCCGAAAUCAAGAAAUUCAAAAUCGCCUUCCUCGUCACGGGCAACAGCGUCGGGUUCGAAAUGUUCCAGUUCGUCGACCCGCCGUACCAGGGCCCGACGGAGGUGCCCCCCAGAUUCGGCCCGCAGGAAUACACCCGGGGCGGGUUCUUCCACGUCGGCUUCCCCGUCGAGGACCCCGAGGCCAUCCUGGCCAAAGCGGUCAAGCUCGGCGCGAGGCAGAUUGGCCAGAUGACGCGGCCGACGCCGAACCUGAGCGGCACGUACAUGUACAAUCCGUGGGGGAACGUCGUCGAGCUGAUCAGCGCGGACUUUCAGCAGCUGUUUUUGCAGAUGCUGGCGAAGAGUGGGGGUUGA